AUGCGUCACGUUCUCCUCCUUUUUACGACUGUUGGAGCCGCCUUAGCAAAUUAUGCCUCCCAAAGUUCGGGCUAUGAGGUAGCUGAGCAAAUACAGCCGGCUCCAGCUCCAGUAUCUUCGAGUGGAGGCGAUCAGCAGGCAUAUAACACUGAUGGAAAGGAGGCCCCAGGCCCUCAAAUAGUUGAAGCUCCUCUGCCCGCACCAGCUCCAGCUCCAGCUCCGGCCCCAGCUCCAGCUCCAGCUCCAGCUCCAGUUCCAGCUCCUGUUCCAGUUCCAGUACCAGUACCUGCUCCAGUUGCGGUUCCAGUCCCAGCGCCAGCGCCUGUCGAACCCACGGUAGUAGUCCAACCCGAGCCAGCACCUGCAGCACCGGUAGCAACAGGUGCAUAUCAGGCUGCACCUGCGGAACCCGCUGCAGGCAAUGGUGUGGAAGAAACUGAGGUAGGCUACAAUGCUCGUUCUCGAUUCCGUGUUCGUAGACGUCAUCACCAACGUCAUUGA